AUGUCGGACUCGGAGAAACCCCCCAUCACUCUGCCUAAGCCUGCCAUGACAAGGAUGGUAACCAACUCAUCGAAUCCCAGUGAGGUGACCCUCACUGAUGGCGAACAAGCCAACGUAUUCGAGAAGGUCCUCUUCCAAGAGAUGGGAUCUGUCGAUGCGGGCUCAAAUCAUACCGUCGACCUUGAGGCACAGACCGUCAGUGCUGAUCCAAAGCGAUUUGCAUCCUUGCGGUAUGCCAUCCUCACACUCUAUCGGCGUCUCUUCACGCUGGUAUUCUUCGCGAACGUUGGCGUUUUCAUUUGGGUCAUGGUGUCCAACCAGAAGCUCCUCGCUUUGGUCAAUGCCACCGCCGCCAAUUUGCUUGCAUGUGGAUUGGCCCGGCAGCCACUCGUUGUCAACGGCAUCUUCCGCAUUGUCCUGUCCGUGCCGAGGUCAGCGCCGUUUGUAUUGCGCCGCAUCGCCUCCAAGGUCUACCACUAUGGUGGCGUACAUAGCGGGUGCGGCGUUGCAGCCCUAAUUUGGUACGUAGGGUUCGUCGGAGUUAUGUCGCGUCAGUAUUGGACGCCUCCGUCCGUUAGCGCUGCAACGGCCGUCAGCUUUUCAGCUGCUCCGGUGGCCUUAGCUUACAUCAUCCUCGUGCUGUUGCUAGCCAUCAUAGUCGUGGCUCACCCCACGUUCCGUAUGAAGCGACAUGAUUAUUUCGAACUCACCCACCGUUUCUUGGGGUGGCUUAUUGUGAGCUUGUUUGUUGCCUUGUUGUUGGUCUUCGCCCAUGAGAUCAGCCAGGCGCAGGGGCAGAACUUGGGUCUGUUCCUCGUCAAGUUGCCUGCAUUCUGGUUUUUGGUCUUGACGGUAGCUGCUAUCGUUCAGCCAUGGUUAAUGUUGCGAAAGGUCCCUGUCCGCGCAGAGGUCCUGUCUACCCAUGCGGUGCGUCUGCACUUCGACCAUGCCGUCACCACCUUUGGCAAGGGCACCCAACUAGCCAAGCACCCUCUGCGGGAUUGGCAUGGCUUUGCCACCUUCCCCGACCCCAGUCCAGCGGGCACACGUGGCAAGCCGAGCUUCUCAUGUCUGGUGUCCAAGGCUGGUGACUGGACGAGCGACACGAUCAAGAACCCGCCCACCCAUUUCUGGAAACGCGGCGUGCUCCUCUAUGGCUUUGCAUACUCCAUGCGCGUGUUCAAGAAGGUGAUCGUGGUGACGACGGGAUCAGGUAUUGGCCCCUGUCUGUCCUUCCUGGGUGAUGAUAAUCGCCCCGAGCUGCGUGUUCUCUGGCAGACUCGCGCUCCGCUCAAGACUUACGGGCAGGGGGUGAUUGACCUCGUCCACCGGAUGGACAACAAUCCAAUCAUCAUGGAUACCGAUCAGAUGGGACGAGUUGAUAUGGUCCCAAUCGUGCAGCGACUGGUCGCAGAAUUCGAUGCCGAAGCAGUGUGCGUGAUCAGUAACCCUGGACUGACUCGCCGAAUCGUGUAUGAACUCGAAGCGCGCGGGGUUCCAGCAUUCGGUCCAAUUUUCGACUCUUGA